CUCUUUCUCUCUUUUAACCCCACCCCACCCCCGCUUUGUCCUUUCUUUUUCAGCAACCUUCUUUCCUCUUACCCUUAUUAUUUUUACUGUCCCGGCGCACACAACAUACACAUACAUCCAGCAUAUAGCAAUGAGCAACGUUGAAACACGAUCUAGGCUCAAGUCUAUUGACAAUGUAUUUCUCUUCGUGCCAAACAUCAUUGGUUACACGCGUAUUAUACUAGCCUCUUUAUCACUAUACUAUAUGCCGUGGCACCCUAAAGUAUGCGCCACUUUAUACUGUAUCUCUUGUCUAUUGGACGCGGUGGAUGGAAAUGCUGCACGGUAUUUUGACCAGUGUAGCAAGUUUGGUGCAGUUUUGGACAUGGUAACGGACAGAUGUACUACGAGCUGUCUGCUUUGCUUUUUAUCUUUACAAUACACAGAAUGGACUAUUCUGUUUCAAUUCUUGGUAUCACUUGAUUUUAGCUCGCAUUAUAUGCACAUGUACAGUUCCAUGACUGCUGGAUCUACCAGCCAUAAAAAGUUAUCCGAAUCUGACUACAAGUUCCUCCAUCUUUACUACAACAGCAGUACGGUUCUAUUCAUUAUGUGUGCCGGCAACGAGCUCUUUUUUGUAACUCUCUAUUUUCUAAAGUUCCUCAAGGAACCUGUGAGCAAAAAGGUUUCUCUAAUUUGGGAUCUCAUAGUUGCAUGGUAUAUCCUACUUGUCGUCAGUGGCGUUAUUUGCUUUGCUAAGCAGUUCAUUAAUGUGGUUCAAAUUGUCAAUGCAAGCAAGGUGUUGGCAAAUGUUGAUAAGGAGGAACGUCAAAAGGCGUUGAGCGCCAAGGAACAGUAA